GUCCCGCACGUUUGUCCUGCGUUGUACCUGUUGGGCCAGAGCGGUUUGCAGAGGCGGUUCGCAGCGUGAGGAAGAGUGGAACCCUGAGCUCCCGGUUCGCACCGUGAGGAAGAGUGGAACCCUGAGUUCCCAGAGCAUCGGCAGCCAUGGCGGAUGUGACUGCUCGCAGUUUGCAGUACGAGUACAAGGCGAACUCAAAUCUUGUGCUCCAAGCUGACCGCUCUCUCAUUGACCGGACCCGCCGGGAUGAACCGACCGGAGAGGUUCUGUCCCUGGUCGGGAAGUUGGAAGGAACCCGAAUGGGAGAUAAGGCUCAACGGACCAAACCACAGAUGCAGGAGGAAAGACGGGCCAAGAGGAGAAAACGUGAUGAGGACCGGCAUGACAUCAACAAGAUGAAAGGUUAUACUCUUCUGUCAGAGGGCAUUGAUGAAAUGGUAGGCAUCAUCUAUAAGCCCAAAACUAAGGAGACCCGGGAGACCUAUGAGGUGCUGCUCAGCUUCAUCCAGGCUGCUCUUGGAGACCAGCCUCGAGAUAUUCUUUGUGGGGCAGCUGAUGAAGUUCUGGCUGUGCUGAAGAAUGAAAAGCUUCGAGACAAGGAGAGAAGAAGGGAAAUUGACCUGCUGCUGGGUCAGACAGAUGAUACCAGAUACCAUGUGUUGGUAAACUUGGGCAAGAAGAUCACAGACUACGGUGGCGACAAAGAGAUCCAGAAUAUGGAUGACAACAUUGAUGAGACCUAUGGAGUGAAUGUGCAGUUUGAGUCUGAUGAGGAGGAAGGUGAUGAGGAUGUGUAUGGGGAAGUCCGAGAAGAAGCUUCAGAUGAUGACAUGGAAGGGGAUGAAGCUGUUGUGCGGUGUACCCUCUCUGCAAAUCUUGUGGCCUCAGGCGAACUGAUGAGUUCUAAGAAGAAGGAUUUGCACCCUCGGGAUAUCGAUGCGUUCUGGCUGCAGCGACAGCUCAGUCGUUUCUAUGAUGAUGCCAUUGUGUCGCAGAAGAAGGCAGAUGAGGUGUUGGAGAUUUUGAAGACAGCAAGUGAUGACCGAGAAUGUGAGAACCAACUGGUUCUGCUCCUUGGUUUCAACACUUUUGACUUCAUUAAAGUGUUGCGGCAGCACAGGAUGAUGAUUUUAUACUGUACCUUGUUGGCCAGUGCUCAGAGUGAAGCUGAAAAGGAGAGGAUCAUGGGAAAGAUGGAAGCUGAUCCAGAGCUUUCCAAAUUCCUCUAUCAGCUCCAUGAGACUGAGAAAGAAGACCUGAUCAGAGAAGAAAGGUCCCGGAGAGAAAGAGUCCGUCAGUCCCGAAUGGACACAGAUCUGGAAACCAUGGAUUUGGACCAGGGUGGAGAGGCUCUGGCUCCAAGGCAGGUUCUGGAUUUGGAGGACCUUGUUUUUACCCAAGGAAGCCACUUCAUGGCCAAUAAGCGCUGCCAGCUUCCUGAUGGGUCCUUCCGACGCCAGCGUAAGGGCUAUGAAGAGGUGCAUGUGCCUGCUUUGAAGCCCAAGCCCUUUGGCUCAGAAGAACAACUGCUCCCAGUGGAGAAGCUGCCAAAGUAUGCCCAGGCAGGAUUUGAGGGCUUCAAAACGCUGAACCGGAUUCAGAGUAAACUCUACCGUGCUGCCCUGGAGACAGAUGAGAAUCUGCUGCUGUGUGCUCCUACUGGUGCUGGGAAGACCAAUGUGGCUCUGAUGUGUAUGCUCCGAGAGAUAGGGAAACACAUCAACAUGGACGGCACCAUCAAUGUGGAUGAUUUCAAGAUCAUCUACAUAGCUCCUAUGCGGUCCCUGGUCCAGGAGAUGGUGGGCAGUUUUGGAAAGCGCCUGGCCACAUACGGCAUUACUGUUGCUGAGCUGACUGGGGAUCACCAGCUAUGCAAGGAAGAAAUCAGUGCCACACAGAUCAUUGUCUGCACCCCUGAGAAGUGGGACAUCAUCACACGCAAGGGCGGGGAGCGCACCUACACCCAGCUCGUGCGGCUCAUUGUCUUGGAUGAGAUCCAUCUUCUACAUGACGACAGAGGUCCUGUCUUAGAAGCUUUGGUGGCCAGAGCCAUCCGAAACAUUGAGAUGACCCAAGAAGAUGUCCGACUCAUUGGUCUCAGUGCUACCCUCCCCAACUAUGAAGAUGUGGCCACCUUUCUGCGUGUUGACCCUGCUAAGGGCCUCUUCUACUUUGAUAACAGCUUCCGCCCAGUGCCUCUGGAACAGACGUAUGUGGGCAUCACAGAGAAAAAAGCUAUCAAACGUUUCCAGAUCAUGAAUGAAAUAGUCUAUGAGAAAAUAAUGGAACAUGCUGGAAAAAAUCAGGUGCUCGUGUUUGUCCACUCUCGCAAAGAAACUGGGAAGACAGCAAGGGCAAUCCGUGACAUGUGUCUGGAGAAGGAUACCUUGGGUCUGUUUCUUCGUGAGGGUUCUGCCUCCACUGAAGUCCUUCGUACAGAAGCAGAGCAGUGCAAAAACUUGGAGCUGAAGGACCUUUUGCCCUAUGGCUUUGCUAUUCAUCAUGCAGGCAUGACUAGAGUUGACCGAACACUUGUAGAAGAUCUUUUUGCUGACAAACAUAUUCAGGUUUUAGUUUCCACCGCAACUCUGGCUUGGGGUGUAAAUCUUCCUGCACACACAGUCAUCAUUAAAGGUACCCAAGUAUACAGUCCAGAGAAGGGGCGUUGGACAGAGCUGGGAGCACUGGACAUUCUGCAGAUGCUGGGCCGUGCUGGACGGCCCCAGUAUGACACCAAGGGUGAAGGUAUACUCAUCACAUCUCAUGGGGAGCUUCAGUACUACCUCUCCCUCCUCAACCAGCAGCUUCCUAUUGAGAGCCAGAUGGUAUCAAAGCUGCCUGACAUGCUCAAUGCAGAAAUUGUGCUGGGGAACGUCCAGAAUGCAAAGGAUGCAGUGAACUGGCUGGGCUAUGCCUACCUAUACAUCCGAAUGCUCCGGUCCCCUACCCUCUAUGGCAUUUCUCAUGAUGACCUCAAGGGAGAUCCCUUGCUGGACCAGCGCCGACUUGAUCUUGUUCACACUGCUGCCUUGAUGCUGGACAAGAACAAUCUGGUCAAGUAUGACAAGAAGACAGGCAAUUUCCAGGUGACAGAACUUGGACGAAUAGCAAGUCACUACUAUAUCACUAAUGAUACUGUGCAGACCUACAACCAGCUGCUGAAGCCUACGCUAAGUGAGAUCGAGCUUUUCCGAGUGUUCUCCUUGUCCUCAGAGUUCAAGAACAUCACUGUAAGAGAGGAGGAGAAGCUAGAGCUGCAGAAGUUGCUGGAGAGGGUGCCCAUCCCAGUAAAGGAGAGCAUCGAAGAACCCAGUGCUAAGAUCAAUGUGCUUCUCCAAGCCUUCAUCUCACAGCUGAAACUAGAAGGCUUUGCGCUGAUGGCUGACAUGGUAUACGUGACACAGUCCGCAGGCCGGUUGAUGCGAGCAAUCUUCGAAAUUGUCCUGAACCGAGGUUGGGCACAGCUUACAGAUAAGACCCUGAAUCUCUGCAAGAUGAUUGACAAACGCAUGUGGCAGUCCAUGUGUCCUCUCCGCCAGUUCCGUAAACUUCCUGAGGAAGUAGUGAAGAAGAUUGAGAAGAAGAACUUCCCCUUUGAGCGGCUAUAUGACUUGAAUCAUAAUGAGAUAGGUGAGCUUAUUCGAAUGCCGAAGAUGGGGAAGACCAUCCACAAGUAUGUCCAUCUUUUCCCCAAGUUGGAGUUGUCAGUGCACCUGCAGCCUAUUACACGUUCUACACUGAAAGUAGAGCUGACUAUCACACCAGAUUUCCAGUGGGAUGAAAAGGUCCAUGGUUCGUCAGAGGCAUUUUGGAUUCUGGUGGAGGAUGUGGACAGUGAGGUGAUUCUGCACCAUGAAUAUUUUCUACUGAAGGCCAAGUAUGCCCAGGAUGAGCACCUCAUCACAUUCUUUGUUCCAGUCUUUGAACCACUACCUCCUCAGUACUUCAUUCGAGUGGUGUCUGAUCGCUGGCUCUCUUGUGAGACCCAGCUGCCUGUCUCCUUCCGGCACCUGAUCCUACCAGAGAAGUACCCACCUCCAACUGAACUGUUGGACCUGCAGCCAUUGCCUGUAUCUGCUCUGAGAAACAGUGCUUUUGAGAGCCUUUACCAAGAUAAAUUUCCUUUCUUCAAUCCCAUCCAGACUCAAGUGUUUAAUACCGUGUACAACAGUGAUGAUAACGUGUUUGUGGGGGCCCCCACGGGCAGCGGGAAGACCAUCUGUGCAGAGUUUGCCAUCCUACGGAUGCUGCUGCAGAAUUCUGAGGGACGCUGUGUCUACAUUACCCCUAUGGAGGCUCUGGCAGAGCAGGUAUACAUGGACUGGUAUGAGAAGUUUCAGGACAGGCUCAACAAGAAGGUAGUGCUGCUGACCGGAGAGACCAGCACAGACCUGAAGCUCCUGGGCAAAGGCAACAUCAUCAUCAGCACCCCUGAGAAGUGGGACAUCCUCUCUCGGAGGUGGAAGCAGCGCAAGAAUGUCCAGAACAUUAACCUCUUUGUGGUGGAUGAGGUCCACCUCAUUGGGGGCGAGAAUGGGCCUGUCUUGGAAGUGAUCUGCUCCCGGAUGCGCUACAUCUCCUCCCAGAUUGAACGGCCCAUUCGUAUUGUGGCACUUAGCUCCUCACUCUCCAAUGCCAAGGAUGUGGCCCACUGGUUGGGCUGCAGUGCCACCUCCACCUUCAACUUCCACCCUAAUGUGCGCCCUGUACCUUUGGAACUGCACAUCCAGGGCUUCAACAUCAGUCACACACAGACGCGCCUGCUCUCUAUGGCCAAGCCUGUGUACCAUGCUAUCACCAAACACUCACCUAAGAAGCCUGUCAUCGUUUUUGUCCCAUCUCGCAAGCAGACCCGUCUCACUGCAAUAGACAUUCUCACUACCUGUGCAGCAGACAUCCAGCGGCAGAGGUUCUUGCAUUGUACCGAGAAGGAUCUGAUCCCUUACCUGGAGAAGCUGAGUGACAGCACACUCAAAGAAACACUGUUAAAUGGGGUGGGCUACCUACAUGAAGGGCUGAGCCCCAUGGAGAGGCGCCUGGUAGAGCAGCUCUUCAGCUCAGGGGCUAUCCAGGUGGUGGUAGCUUCUCGGAGUCUCUGCUGGGGCAUGAAUGUUGCUGCUCAUCUAGUGAUCAUCAUGGAUACUCAGUACUACAAUGGCAAGAUUCAUGCCUAUGUAGAUUACCCCAUCUACGAUGUGCUUCAGAUGGUGGGCCAUGCCAACCGGCCCCUGCAGGAUGACGAGGGACGCUGUGUCAUCAUGUGUCAGGGCUCUAAAAAGGAUUUUUUCAAAAAAUUUUUAUAUGAACCAUUGCCAGUAGAGUCUCACCUGGACCACUGUAUGCAUGAUCACUUCAAUGCUGAGAUUGUCACUAAGACCAUUGAGAACAAGCAGGAUGCUGUGGACUACCUCACCUGGACCUUUCUGUAUCGCCGAAUGACACAGAACCCCAAUUACUACAACCUGCAGGGGAUAUCCCAUCGUCAUCUGUCUGACCAUCUGUCAGAGCUGGUGGAGCAGACCCUCAGUGACCUGGAACAGUCCAAGUGCAUCAGUAUUGAGGACGAGAUGGAUGUGGCCCCUCUGAACCUGGGCAUGAUUGCUGCCUACUAUUACAUAAACUACACCACCAUCGAGCUCUUCAGCAUGUCUUUGAAUGCCAAAACCAAGGUUCGAGGACUUAUUGAGAUUAUCUCCAAUGCAGCAGAAUAUGAGAACAUUCCAAUCAGGCAUCAUGAAGACAACCUCCUGCGCCAGUUGGCUCAGAAGGUCCCUCACAAGCUGAAUAACCCCAAGUUCAAUGAUCCUCAUGUGAAGACUAACCUGCUGCUGCAGGCUCACCUAUCCCGCAUGCAGCUGAGUGCUGAACUACAGUCAGACACAGAAGAGAUCCUUAGCAAGGCAAUCCGGCUCAUUCAGGCCUGUGUGGAUGUACUCUCCAGCAAUGGGUGGCUUAGCCCUGCUCUAGCAGCCAUGGAACUGGCUCAGAUGGUCACCCAAGCCAUGUGGUCUAAGGACUCUUACCUGAAGCAGCUGCCACACUUCACCUCAGAGCAUAUCAAACGUUGCACAGAUAAGGGAGUGGAGAGUGUCUUUGACAUCAUGGAGAUGGAGGAUGAAGAGCGGAAUGCAUUGCUUCAGUUGACUGACAGCCAGAUCGCAGAUGUGGCCCGCUUCUGUAACCGCUACCCGAAUAUUGAACUGUCCUAUGAAGUGGUGGAUAAAGACAGCAUCCGCAGUGGCGGGCCAGUCGUGGUGCUAGUGCAACUGGAGCGAGAGGAGGAAGUCACGGGCCCUGUUAUUGCACCUCUCUUCCCACAGAAACGUGAAGAGGGCUGGUGGGUUGUGAUUGGAGACGCCAAGUCCAAUAGCCUCAUCUCCAUCAAGAGGCUGACCCUGCAGCAGAAAGCCAAGGUGAAGCUAGACUUUGUGGCCCCAGCCACAGGUGGCCACAACUAUACCCUGUACUUCAUGAGUGACGCAUACAUGGGAUGUGACCAGGAGUAUAAAUUCAGUGUGGAUGUGAAAGAAGCUGAGACAGACAGUGAUUCAGAUUGAGUCUGAGACAGUUCAGGAGGAACUGGUUUUGGAGACCAGGUCUGUCAGCCUGAGGUUUGGCCAUUCAGGCUGCUGCUGUCCCCAGUCCACAUCCAGUUACUUUCCUAUUUUGGACCUUAGUUCAGGUCUGGGUCCAGUAUUUUUAAGUGUCAUGUCAAGCAUGAACUGUAUAAUAUUUGGAGGCAUGUUUUUUUAGUUCCUUGAGUCAGACAUUCUAAUAAAUAAUUUGACCUCAGCCUCUUUUAUAAAUGUUUGAGUGAUGGCAAAGUUAGUGUCAUAGCAGGAGCUGACUCUUAUCUUGGCCAGAGACCAACAGGUAGGACUCCUCUUGAUCUGUGUUGUGAAAUUCUGUAGCCUUCCUUCCCAGGAGGCAGCACUAGGGUAGUUAAGAUACACCAGACAGAUUCGACUCUAGUCUCCUUAAAACGGACUAUCAUGCUACUUCAAGUGUACGCUUUCUGUUCUUUGGGACUGUGUGAACAACCUGAACAACUCUGAAAGGUGGUUCAUUUUCCCCUAGGCCGGCCGUUUUAAUAAACAAUGGUCUCAAGACCCCAUUCCCCUUCAGAAAACUUAAAAGCACAGCCCCAAAAGCUUUUAUUACCUAGUAUUCAUUGAUACUUGUUAACAUUAAAAAUUAAGGCAGUUUGUUAAAAAAAAAAAAACUUCAUUAACAUAAUAUAGGAAAAAAUAAAUUUUGGGAGAAGAGUAGCAUGAUACAGUGUUACAAUCACUUUACACAUAGCUUAAUAGAAGCCAGUUAGGACCUUUAGCUAUGUCUGUGCUCAGUCUGUUGUGUGGCUGAGCUGAGCAUGUCAACUUCAGGGUUGGGAUAGAAGAGUUUUCAGAUAAUUGGCUCUACUAUAUGUGGAAGUUUCCUAAAGGCAAUGCCGGCUCUUGAGCUGUACCCAUGCCAUCUUGUACUAUUGUAUUAAACCCACUGCCCCAUCUUAGAGUCACUAUCUGAAUGAUUUUGUAACGCCCACUGUAUUGGUCAUUUCAACAAUGACCCACAAAAUUCCACAGAUCUCAAAAUAUCUAUGCAUUUGCUGAUUUCAUUACCACUAAAGUUUAUAGCAACACAAGUUUUCGGAAAUUCCAAUUUUGUCUUUAAACAUUUACCAUCAGCAGUGAACACUAUCAGUGAAAGGUUCAGUAUGUUCAUUUUUUAGGAACACAGUUAAAUAUACAAGCCUAAAUGUUAAUUUUCUAGUUCUGAUUUUAAAAAGGCAUGCCAUGAAUAGCUAAUUUGGCUUGUAGCAACUGUCCAACUUUUUCAAGACCACCUUCAUUACAGAAGGGCUGGAUGGCAUUUUCUCAUUUGUCAGUAUCAGAAGUGUUUUCAAUGGUCAAUGUUUAGUCAUUGUUGUUGUUUGAGUGAAGCUGGCUCCAUUCUCACUGUGGCCACAAGAUAGUGAAGACAGAUAGCUACUUAACUGGUGCCAUUCCUUGAUCAUGUUACAGUGUUGACCCUGAAAGGAUCCUAAGAUUCCCAGGAAUCUGCAGAUCACUAGUCACCACUGCUCUGGAUACUGCCUCCACUGUCUUUGCAAAAAUCUAAGGUCACAAUUGUACAGUGUAAACAAGUGAAGGCUCCAGUUUUGGAGCCAACUCACACCCAAACCCACAAACAUUUCUCAGUGUUUUGCCCAAUCAGGCUAAUCAGACAUCUUAACUACUUUCCACCCUGAAAAACACUACAGAUUUGGCAGCACACACACAUGCUAUUGUCUAAGGUUUUUGUUUUUUUGUUUUUUAAAAUGGUCACUGUCUCCCUAGCUGUCCUGGAACUCACUUUGUAGAUCAGGCUCCUCUGCCUCCUGAGUGUUGGACUAGAAGGUGUGUACCAACACACCAGUCUGCUGUUGUCUUUUAGAGGGCCUCAAGCUAUUGUCUUAAUGUUUUCUGUCCCUCACUGAAAACCAAUUCUUUCUUUAUAAGGGUUCAUUUCUUUUUAUAUCUUCAGAUUCCCUCAGCAUAAUGCCUCAAGAGGCAUGUGAGGGUUUCUGAGGAAAAGCAGAGGUGUCCUUUUACUAUGAACAAACUUAAAUUUUAGGGGGGAAAUUCCUCUAGUUUUGAAUGUCUUUGUUUUUUCAGGAAGGGUCUCAUAUCUCAGGCUGGCUUCAAACUUACUAUCCAGCCAAGGAUAAUCCAUCUUUGCUGAUUGAGUGCUAGGAAAACACUACAGCUAGCUUGCAUGUCUUAAAUGCAAGGACUACUCUAGAAUUCGGAAGAUGGAACAUUCCAAAUAGUUAUCAAUGAUAAGAAAUGAUAAAUGACCUUAUAAGACAGAAGUGGAGCACAGAUGGGUUAUUUCUGUAAAGCUCACAAUUUCAAAAGCUCUCAUUCAUAUAUGUAUUUAUAUACUGAUUAUAAAUAUAUUUACCCCCAAAAUGUAACAUUAUGCCCUAAAUCAAGCAAAACUUUAAUACAAUAUACUGCUGUUCCGUGGCUCUGUCCAAUGGCUUCCUCAUAUCAAGGAAGAGAAACAGCGAAUGGUCCUGAGCUAAAUGAAGGUCAAGGAUGCUUCAGGUCUUCUGGAUGACUAGGAAUAGUCUUAGGACAUUUUCUGUGAGAAUCAAGACUCCCAAGUCAAGCCAUAGCUCAGAGACCUGCAGGUUGGUGAUACUCCCAGAAGGCUACUUCCCCAUCAUCACUACAAGAAGCCAGGAGCCCUGGCUCCUUGGGAUUCCAAGCCACACAGUUGACAUCCUGGGAAUGGGCCUGACGAAGAUGGGCUGUCAGAGAGAAGGUAGGCUGCUGUGGGUCUGAGCCUGGAUCUUCUUCAAACACUCGGAUGGCAUCAUCUCCACAAGCUGUAGCCAGGGCCCCUGUCAGCUGACACCUAAGAGAGGAACAUACAUGUCAGGGGGUUAGCAGAUGACACCUGCCUCUCCAACCUGGAAAAUUAGAAGUGUUCAACAGUCCCUGGCCUAGUUUCUUUCUAAACCUCAGGCCUCAGCUAAGUGUCUUAGAAAAGCUUUCCUAAAAGCUACCACAUCAACAAAGGCCUUCCCUCCUAAUCCCACCUGUUUACUCCAGCUACAGAUAAGACCGAGUCAUUUUUCCCCGCCCGGCAUAUGCAGUCAGUUGACCAUGCCACAGCAUCCCUAGCUACCUUCCUUCCUUCCUUCCUUUCUUUAAAAGAUGUAUUUAAUGUAUGAGUGUUCUAUCUGCAUGUCAGAAGAGGCAUCAGAUCUCAUUACAGAUGGUUAUGGGCCACCAUGUGGUUGCUGAGAAUUGAACUCAGGACCUCUGGAAGAACAGCCAGUGCUCUUAACUGCUGAGCUAUCUCUCCAAUCUCCCUUAAUCUCCUUUUAACACUGAUAUUAACAAGUUUCAACAUAACUUAAUCCUCUUAAAGUCAAGAAUUUUAUAUGCACUGAAGAUUCCCCCACUACCCGUCAUUGCAUAAAAACUUUUGAACCUGAAAUGUUCAACUGCCUAUUCAUUUUAGUAAAUUAUAAAAGCAGCAAAAAUUCCAAUUGUCUAGCAAUGAAUGUUCGAGUUUGUUUUUUAAGAUUUUUUUUUUUUGUUAUUAUAGGCUUGUUUGUAUUCUAUAUGUAUAGGUGUUUUUGCCUAUAUGUAUGUCUGUGUACCAGGUGUAUGUAGUGCCCACUGAGGCUGAAAGGUUGUCAUAUCCCCUGGAAAUGGAGUUACAGAUGACUGUUAGGUGCCAUGCGGGUGCUGGAAGAGUAGCCAGUGCUCUUAACUGCUAAGGCAUAUAUUUCCAGCUUCAAAUAAGUUUAAGUAGUUAAAACACCUACCAAAAAAAAAAAAAAAAGACCAAAAGUAAAUUUUAGUUUUACCAUAGAAAAUGUCAUAAACUUAUCUUUUAUUUAAUAGGGGUGUGUGUGUGUUGAUUUUAUAUGAAGUCAAAAAUUCUUGAGUCCAUUUUCUUUGUUUUGUUGUUCUUGUUUUUCUGAGACAGAAUUUAUCUGUGUAGCCCUGGCUGUCCUAGAACUUGAUCUGUAGACCAGGCUGGCCUCGAACUUAGAGACCUGUCAGCCUCUGCCUCCCAUUGAGUCCAUUUUCAUGGGAUAGAUACUCCCAAAUGUCUGCUAUAAAUAAAGCUUGAAUAUGCAACAA